GGUUCCGAGGUGAGUUUAUGUGAACAUUUUUGUACUGUUUGUGCUGUUUAAUGCCAGGUUAUGGAAAAAAUCUUACAGAACUUGGGGCUGGGCUCAGAAAAUGUCCUCAAAAUAAGGCCAGAACGUUUGUUGGCAGUUCAGACCGUCUCGCUUUCGGCUCGGGCUCCGGAUGAGGCUCAUCCAUUUUAACCUGGGCACACGAAUGAAAGCUUUAGAGAAGAGUAAAGCCACAUUAUGGGGAUUCAAGGAUUGCUACAGUUUGUUAAGGAAGCAUCAGAACCAAUUCAUAUCAAGAAAUACAAAGGACAGACUGUGGCACUGGAUAUGUAUUGUUGGCUUCACAAAGGUGCCUUUGCGUGUGCUGAUAAAUUAGCAAAGGGGGAACCGACUGACCAGUAUGUUAGUUAUUGUUUGAAAUUUGUUGAAAUGUUGGAUUCCUUUGGUGUUAAGCCAGUCCUGGUUUUUGAUGGAUGCACUUUACCUUCUAAAAAAGAGGUGGAAAAGGCCCGACGCUUACGUAGGCAAACAAACUUGCAGAAAGGGAAGCAGCUCCUUCGUGAAGGCAAGACAGCAGAAGCCAGAGAGUGCUUUACUCGUUGUGUCAACAUAACACCUGCAAUGGCUCAUGAGGUUAUAAAGGCUGCAAGAGCAAAAGGAAUGGAUUGUAUUGUAGCACCCUAUGAGGCUGAUGCUCAACUGGCUUAUUUAAACAAGAUUGGCAUAGCUCAAGCAGUAAUCACAGAAGAUUCUGACCUGUUGGCAUUUGGAUGUAAAAAGGUUGUACUAAAAGUGGACAAGUGUGGGAACGGCAUUGAAAUUGAUAAGGCACGUUUUGGCAAAUGCAAACAACUGGGAGAUGUCUUCACUGAGGAGAAGUUCAGAUAUAUGUGUAUUUUAUCCGGGUGCGAUUAUUUGCCAUCUAUCCAUGGAAUUGGUUUGGCCAAAGCAUGCAAGCUGCUGCGGAUUGCUAACAAUCCAGAUAUCAUAACGGUGAUCAAGAAAAUGGGACAAUAUUUGAAGACAAAUGUGAUUGUACCAGAAGAAUAUAUAGAUGGGUUUAUUAGAGCAAAUAACACAUUUCUCUAUCAAUUAGUGUUUGAUCCAUUGAAGCGGAAACUUGUUCCUUUAAAUGAUUAUUCUGAUGGUGUUGAUCCAAAAUCUCUUGAGUAUGCGGGGCGUCACUUUGGUGAUGAGAAAGCUCUUCAUAUAGCUCUUGGAAAUAUAGAUAUUAAAACUUCAGAAUUCAUAGACAACUUCAACCCAUGCACUUCGCAGAUUCUGACAAGAAGGUCCAAUGGGUGGAAUGACAAUGAGGCAAAUAAGAAGAGAGCUCUGCAUAUGCUCAGUAUAUGGAGCAAAGAAUAUAGACCAUAUGGAAACCAACUUUCAGUUCCAAAGGCAGAGCUAUCACCAGAGAAACCCUGCACCAGGGGUAUGGAGAAAGUUAUCAAUAUUAAAAAUUUAAAACUUCCCAACAGAGUGAUAUUGACUAAAAGAGCAAGAGAAGAUGAAAGUCUUUCAGAUGGAGACUUGUUAAAUCAGUACAAGUUUCCAAAUAAUAAAAAAGCAAAAAAAGAUGUUGAAGAGAGCCUGCAUCCAGAGUCUCCUUCAGAACUGGAGUUGCCCUCAGACCACUCAAUCACUGAGCAAAGCCCAAGGCCACACUGCAAGAUCAGGAAUCGAUUUGCUGCCAUUUUACAGAAAAGAAAUGAAGAUUCGGGCACUGUUGUUGUUCCUGGAACCAGAAGCCGGUUCUUCUGUACACUCAAAGAAAUUUGUGUUCCUGGUCAGAACACUGAAACCAGUGUAGUGUCUAAUGCAACAGAGGAACUGAAGGACUCAAGCCCAAUAAGUUCUCGUAAGGGUGAGAAGAAUGAUAUAUCGACAAGUAUAUGCAGCAAUGAAGGUGAACAGGAGGAAAAGCCACUAGAAAUUUUGAACACCAAUCCAAAUGCAAAUGCAUAUCCUGCAGGAUUUCAUUCAGAGGCCAGGAGAAGCUUAAGUGCUUUCAGUUGGUCUAGAGGAAUGAGAGACAAAUCUAGGAUUUCGAGUUCUGCAGUUGAUUUAUCUGUAUUACAGCAGUUCCACAGAAAGGUGGCACACUCAUCUCAAAAUAAAUGUACUGAUGGUAAGAUGGUAAAAGAAGUUGAUCAGAAUGUAAAACAGCAGCAAACAAACCUUCCAAAACAAUCUGAAGAAUGCCAAGAUGACAACUCUGAAGAGACAAACUCCCCACAAUCACCUCUCAAUAUUAGGUCUUCUCUGGGCAGUUUAAAUUCCUUGGGUUCUUCUCAAAUAUCCACAAGUUCUGAAUUGGAUGAAGCCAGUGAUGGUGCAGCAUCUCGUGAUCAAAGUUCCAGUCCCCUCACUCUGCCACCUUUACCUGAGAAAACCGUAACUGCAAAACAUAGGGUUCCUGGAUUACAAAGACUGAGCCCUGGAUCUGCUAGAAAGUACACUAAACUGAAGCUUCCUGGACCAGCUAAAGUCAGUGGGUUAAUCAAAAGAUCAGUGAAAUCUGCCCCAAACAAUGAGAACAAGCCUGAGCUACAGGCCACAAUCAAUGACUUAUGGAAGAAAUUUGAGUUUAAGCGGAAAUCUAAGAUGCUUCAACCUAGUGAAAAACUUGACCCAAUGUCCCCUGUCAAGGACAACUUGCAGAUCUUGACCCCAGAGACUGAUCAAAGUAUUUUAUUGAGAUCUGAAUGUAUUUCUGUGCAGCGAGCCAUACAAUGGUGAGGAAUCCAUGACGAAGUUUAAAAUCAAUUUAAUGUAACUGGUACUGUCUGAUCAAAACUAAUUUAUCACCUGAAAGUUAAUUUACAUAUUGUAUGCCAACUAUCUCUCAAGUUACUAGCAUUGAAUUUUUGUAACAAAAAAAGGCCACUCGUUUUGACAAGAACUGCAUUUUAUUUCAUUCCAGAAAUCUAGUUUGUUUUCUUUGGUUUACAUCCAGAAGUGUGGAUUCAUAACUUAUUUCUGACUGUUUCUUAAAGUUGGGAAUGUUAAGUGUCUCCUGCUUCACGGUAAUAUAAAAGAACUUGUGUCCUCCCCAAACCAAGCAGGUUGUACUACAGGACAAUUGAACAUUGAGACAACAAAAUGAACAUUGAGGCAACGCAUUGAACAUUUCUCUCUGUCCACAAGAACAUCUGCUUGCCAUAUCAAUACCUCAGGUCUUUAAUAAAUUGAACCAAAUUUGUACCAGCCUAAAAGAUAAACAGAACAUGCUGUGGAUUGCAGGUACCAAUGAGUCUGCACCCUGUUUUGCGGCAUAAGCAAGGACAGAGUUCAUUGUUGCACACACUAAUUUAUAUUGACUCAAGUAUGAAACAUAAUUUUAACAUUUGAAAUAAACAAUAACUUUUAUUUCCACCCCUCCAAUCCUAUCUUUAAUCAUCUGCCCUGCCCUCUCUACCCUGGUUCUUGCCCAAUUUAUUAUUGUUUAGCUAAUUGCAAUUAGUGAAGUGCAGCUAUUGAGAAUUUAUUUGCUGGAGUGACUUUGUUAACAAGUUAUUAUGGUUGCAGUAAAGGAGGAAUUUUAAGAUGCUUUUAGUUGUAUCAAGUUAGUACUAUAAUAAUGUCAGACAUGGCUCAGUUGUACCACUCUUAUCUUUUGUUUCAGGAAGUUUUGAGUUCAAAUCCCCUCUCUACAGAAUUUGCAGUGCUAGUCUUUGCUGCCACCUCUUGGAUGAAAUGAUAAUUAAACUCCUUCCCCGCAUGCACCACCCCACCACCACCCCUCCCCCAACCCCAUUUGCCCACCAAGUUAGAGAUCUUGUAGUAUAAUUGGCAGCUGUGGUUCCUGAACUUGUAACAUUGAUUGCGUUUCAGGUUAUCUCAUUGGAUAUAUAUUUAAAAAAAAGUCUUAACUCUGAGGUUUUGAAACCCAUCUAAGUUCAUAGUAAGAAGCUAUGCAGAGCAGGAUAUUCAGCAACUAAUAAGCAAAUUAUAAUAAUUAAUGGAGCUAAAGAUUGUAGGCUGCUAAUUCUCAGGGUGGGGCAGGUUGAACUUGUCCAUAUUUGUGGAUUUUGCCUGCCCACAUUCCCCACUGCUGCUAAUGUUUUGAAAUUUGCUCCAUGAGGUAAAUAAUUCAGCACUUCGCUUCUGGAGGAAAUGUGCUAUAAGAUAACAAAGCUGCUUUAGUUAAGCUUGGUAGCAGUGACAAUAUAAAGUUCAAACCAAAUAGUUUGCAGCACAGUGUAGAAAAAUGGUUUUGCAUGCAAAUUGUUUGUCAUCUUGAGUGAGCUAAUUUUGUAUUUCCAUUCAAAAGAAUCAAUCCAUUUGACUGUAUCUAUUUUGGCUCUCACCUUGUAAAAGAUUGAUGAAAUAAAACCCUGUAAACACU